AUGAGUCAAAAACGGCCAUUUGAUGAAGGUCCUUUGCUUUCUCCGCCAUCUACUCCAUUUGAGAAAAAGAAAAAAACCAAAGAUGAGUUCAAGAAAAUUGUAGAGAUUCUAGAAGAAGAUGAGAAGCUCGUUUGCACUUCAGAGAUCCAUCACAAUUACACAGCAGAUUUCAAACUAGAGAAAAUCACGAAGUCAGACCAGACGCCGACGCCAUAUCUCAUUUGCCGGAGCCCCUUCUGCACUAAUGCUGAAUACAAACAUAAGGUUUUCUUUGGCAUUCGAGGCAAUUUGGCGAAAGCGAGCCAUGCGACUGACUACUACGUGAAACGGCACAUCCAAGAACACCAUCGUUCAAUUACAACCGACGCCGAAGAGCUUGAGGAAAUCGCCGCAGAAGUUGUUGCGAACGAUGGUCUUUCAAUUUGUGCUUUUGAAACCGAAACAAUGAAGAAAUUUUGCGCAAGGGCUCAUCAGGCAAUAGCGAAUGGAAUAAGCAGUCACAAAAUUGUGAAGAUUCUCAGGCGCAAAAGUACCGUUUCGAAUGGUAUCGUCAAGUCCAAGCUGCCUGGUCUCAUCCAGGAAAACAGAUGUUGCUUGGUCCUUGAUGGAUUCGACUGCCCUCGGCUAACGAAAGAAAGAAACACGAUUUUUCUUCUUCAUUACGGGGUCAUCUUCAAAGCAACUGAUGCGAAUGUACGUCGACAACUAGAAAACGUCCUCUCGGAUUGGAAUAUCCUCGAGUUUUUUCACGCAAAACGACUUCCAGUUGUUGGAGAUGCGCCAAUGGCUCAGGCCUUCUCCGACUACUUCGCCGUUGUCUGUGCAAGCCACACGAUUUCGAAUCAGUUAAAAAGAUAUAUUACCCUUGUCCAGAGCGAUGCAAUCGUCGGCGAUAGCUGUGUCGAGAUCGAGAAAGCGGUCUCAGCAUGCAAUCAUCGAGCUGAACGAGACGACUGCUCCGAGAAAUCCUUCAAUGAUCUGGUGAAAAGCUACACUCCAACUGAAGACGAGCUCAAGCACAUCAGGCAAUUCUACCCGAAUUACGACAAAUUCGUUACGAUCGACAGGAUCUAUUACAUCAGAUUCAGAUCUUUCAUCACGACCUACAAGCAGCUCAUGGCAAACGAACCUCUUCUUCGUCGCCACCAGAAGUACCUGACUGACUCAAAGUCGAUCUUACACGAAAUCGACUGGAAGCUCGUUCAUUACCUCCACUCAGUCUCCCAAGUCUUCGAGCCUGCUCUGGCGUCCACCGAUUCGGAUCACUUCUCGGUUGGUGACACUCUAACAAAACUGUUCGACUUGCUGAAAUUCUUGCUUCAAAUUGAUCCGGCUGACUUCAAGGAAAUCCACCAGGAGCUGAUUCUGACCGUAGCAGACUACAUUUUCGGUGCUAACAUCACUGGACGGAAGCCAUCGAGAGGAUCCUACAUCAAAUCGAGAGCAAAUCCAGCUGCUUUGAUCGGGCUCUCCCUUGACUUCUUUAGCCGUCACUUCGAAUUCACCUUGAUCCGUAACCGACUUGACGACGCCUUUGAGAAGGAUUCGUUCAUCACCAAGUCUACAUACGACACCCUCAUCAAUUGCUUCGAUACUGCAGUUCCUGUCUGGAAGGAGACAAUGCGCAAGACCUUCUUUGACCUAGCUGAGCAAACCAAACCAAUUGAGGAAAUCUUCAUUCUUGUUCCUGUUGAAAACCAGCAACAGAAGACACCAUCAGCAGCUCCUUCAUCACAGCCAAAGACGUUGACUCCUCCAAACUCACAGGAGCGCGCUCCGCCGACACCUCCAUCUUCUCAAGCAAAGUCGACUUUCGAGGAAGAAAUGGAGCAAUAUUCGAGCGACGAGGAUGAAUGCGAAAAAUCAUCAACUGAUGAGUUCUCUGCAUGGUUCAAGAAGGAGAGCAAGAUGGAGCGCAAAGAAAGCGUCAAAAGAUACAAGCAAUGGUUGAACCAGCUCGAUCCCAUGUUCAAGACCUCCGCCAGUACGGCCGAACGGAGCUUGAUGUAUUUCACGCAUCACGCUGGAACUUACCCGACAUUCGCCAGAAUCGCACAACUCAUACGCUCAACUCCUGGCUCAAGCGGCAGCAUCGAACGUCUCUUCUCGAAAGCGAACGAUAUCAUGUCUUCAAAACGAAACUGCUUGAACACCAGUACUGUUGAACUCAUUCUACAAGUGUCUUCUUAUCCAAAUGUACAGAAUCUAUUUGAAUAA